UUGGAUUUAUAAAUAAAUAAAUAAAACAGAGUAAAAUGACGAGAAAGCUCUCUUAUCGUCAUCAUUUUGAUAAUGUUCAAUUCAUAUCUUCACAUGCACUUACUAGCAACAUGAGCUCUUUCUCUUUACCGGCGAGUAGUCGCCAGUCACCGGAUUCUGUACGGAUGGGGAUCCUCUCUCUCUUCAUUAUCUUCCACUUCUUCUCUCUCUUUCUCUCUCCGGCUUCCGCGAUCGACUUUCUCCUGAACUCCUUCUCCAGUGCCGGCAACUCGACGACCGUCACGCUCAUAAACGACGCGCGUUUCGACUCGUCAGUCGUCCGCCUGACCAACGACUCCAACCAGUUCUCCUUUGGCCGCGCCUUCUAUCCGACGAGGGUCGCCAUGCGAAGAGCAAACAACACAAAUAGCAGCAGCAAUUCAUCCUACUCCGUCACGUCGUUUUCGACCUCCUUCGUCUUCUCCAUUUUGCCGGAGAUAAGCACCAGUCCCGGCUUCGGCCUCUGCUUCGUUCUCUCCAACUACACCUCCCCUCCCGGCGCCCUCGCCAGCCAGUACUUCGGCCUCUUCACCAACGCCGCCGAGCCCCUCGUCGCUCCGCUCUUCGCCGUCGAGUUCGACGCCGGUCGGAACACCGAGUUCAACGAUCCCGACGACAACCACAUCGGGAUCGACCUGAACAACAUCGAAUCGGCGGUGACUCAGUCCGCCGGAUACUACAACUCAACCGGAUCCUUCGUCCCGAUCCUAAUGAAAGACGGUAGGAAUGUUCGCGCUUGGAUCGAAUUCGACGGCGAAAAUCUCGAAAUCAACGUCACCGUCGCUCCAAUCGGCGUAUCUCGCCCGUCGAGACCUACUCUUACCUAUAGAAAUCCGGCGAUCGUGAACUACCUCUCCGAAGAGAUGUUCGUCGGGUUCUCUGCUUCGAAGACGCAGUGGGUCGAAGCGCAGAGGAUUUUAGCGUGGAGCUUCAGCGACACCGGAGCCGCGAGAGAGAUCAACACGACUAAUCUUCCGAUUUUUCUCCUUGCAGAAUCAUCAUCGUCCUUAUCUUCCGGAGCAAUCGCCGGGAUCGCGAUCGGCUGCGUCGUGUUCGUAAUUCUCUGUGCUUCGCUAGGGUUCUGGUUAUGGCGAAAGAGGAAAUUGAAGCGCGAAGAGGAAAACGACGACGUAGAGGAUUGGGAACUCGAUUACUGGCCUCACCGAAUCUCCUACGAGGAGCUCUACGACGCCACGAACGGCUUCUCCGCCGACGAGCUCCUCGGAUCCGGCGGAUUCGGGAAGGUCUACAGAGGAACCCUCCUAAACAACACCGAGAUCGCCGUGAAAUGCGUGAACCACGAUUCGAAGCAAGGAUUAAGAGAAUUCAUGGCGGAGAUCUCGAGCAUGGGAAGGCUUCAGCACAAGAACCUGGUCCAAAUGCGGGGAUGGUGCAGGAGAAAGAACAUACUCAUGCUCGUAUACGAUUGCAUGCCCAACGGGAGCCUCAACCGUUGGAUCUUCGAUAAGCCGAAGAACCUCCUCUCUUGGGAUCGGCGCCGCCGAGUCCUGGCUGACGUGGCGGAGGGGCUGAGCUACCUCCACCAUGGCUACGACAAGGUGGUCGUGCACAGAGACAUAAAGUCGAGCAACAUUCUCUUGGACUCCGAGAUGAGAGGGCGGCUCGGGGAUUUCGGCCUGGCGAAGCUGUACGGCCACAACGAGGCGCCGAACACGACGCGCGUAGUAGGCACGCUCGGCUACAUGGCUCCGGAGCUGGCAACGGUGACGUCGCCGACGGCGGCCAGCGACGUUUACAGCUUCGGGGUAGUGGUGCUGGAGGUGGCGUGCGGGCGGCGGCCGAUAGAGAUGAACGUGGCGGAAGAGGAGGUGGUGCUCAUCGACUGGGUGAGGGACUUGUACGUCGAGGGGAGGGUGGUGGAGGCGGCGGAUAAGAGGAUUAGAGGGGAGUAUGAGGUGGAGGAGAUGGAGGUGGUGCUUAAGUUGGGCCUCGCUUCCUGCCACCCCGACCCGCAGCGCCGGCCCACCAUGAGGGAGGUGGUGGCGGUGUUGAUCGGUGAGCGGGCGGCCGCAGCGGCAACGCCCGCCGAGGUUUUGUCGGUCUUUUCCCGCGGCGACAGAGAGUCGGCUGAGGUGGCGACUCCGCUUCAUCCUCAGCCGCCGGCUUCAGCCGCCUGAAUAGUUUUUUUAAUUAAUAUUUUGAGCCAUUAUUAUCGGAUUUUGGAAACUCACUUUUUGAUUAAUUUUUUGUCUGAGGCUCUCCCACUUUCUACACUUUCUUUUGUAUUUAUUUAUGUGUUCUAUUAUUAGACUGUAUCUAUAAUCUAUAACGCUAAUAGAUGUGAUUAAAUUUUGUCGGCGUGUAAA